CCGGGGGUGACCUCACCUUCCAACAUGGCGGCGGCGGUAGAUUAGGGCCGCGGGUCGAAGCAGCCACCGCCGCUGGGGGACCCUGUCGGAAACGACUGCCGCCGCCGCCGCCCCUUCCAUCUCUUCUGGGGCAAGGGGCCAGGGCCAGGUUUUACACAUCCAUAAGUAGACCUUUUUGGAGCUCUGCCAGCAAACUCAAUGGCGUCCUCUACUACUGUGCCUCUAGGAUUUCACUAUGAAACAAAGUAUGUUGUUCUCAGCUACUUGGGACUCCUCUCUCAGGAGAAGCUGCAAGAGCAACAUCUUUCCUCACCCCAAGCUUCACAAUCUCUGGAUCAAGAAGUUUUAUUAAAAAUUAAAACUGAAAUUGAAGAAGAGCUAGAAUCCCUGGACAAGGAAAUUUCUGAAGCCUUUACCAGCACAGGCUUUGACCGUCAUACUUCUCCCGUGUUCAGCCCUGCUAACCCAGAAAGCUCAGUGGAAGACUGCUUGGCUCAUCUUGGAGAAAAAGUAUCGCAGGAACUGAAAGAGCCUCUACAAAAGGCAUUGCAGAUGCUCCUCAGCCAGCCAGUGACAUAUCAGGCAUAUCGGGAAUAUACACUGGAGACCACAGUUCAUGCCAGCGGCUGGAAUAAGAUUUUGGUGCCUCUGAUUUUGCUACAACAAAUGCUUUUGGAGUUGACAAGACGUGGUCAAGAGCCUCUGAGUGCAUUGCUGCAGUUUGGUGUGACAUACCUGGAGGACUAUGCUGCAGAGUACAUCAUUCAACAAGGUGGCUGGAUUUGUAAACAUGUGUUUCAUGUCCCAGAAUGGUCUAGUGCUUGCCCCAGAGUUUGCAAUAUACAUUUACAACUAGUCCAAGUUCACUUUCAGAUAACACUGUGCUGCUUCAUGAGUAAUGGCACUGUCUUUAACCUUGAAUCAGAGGAGGAGGAAUACCCUGGAAUCGUUGCAGAAGAUAGCAAUGACAUUUAUAUCCUGCCCAGUGACAACUCUGGACAAGUCAGUCCUCCAGAGUCUCCUACUGUGACCACUUCUUGGCAGUCAGAGAGCUUACCUGUUUCACUCUCAGCCAGUCAGAGUUGGCACACAGAAAGCCUACCAGUGUCCCUAGGUCCUGAGUCCUGGCAACAGAUUGCAAUGGAUCCUGAAGAAGUCAAAAGCUUAGAUAGCAAUGGGGCUGGAGAGAAGAGCGAGAACAAUUCUUCUAAUUCUGACAUUGUGCAUGUGGAAAAAGAAGAAAUACCUGAAGGUGUGGAAGAGGCUGCUGUGGCGUCUGUAGUCUUGCCAACCAAGGAGCUGCAGGAGGCAUUCCCUGAAGCACCUGCUCCCUUGCUUCCGCAUAUCACUGCUACUUCCGUGCUGGAGGUGAGGGAACCUGACACAGAAGCGAUUGCAGUUGAGAAAGUCAGCCCUGCUACAUCGUUGUUUGUGGAACUUGAUGAAGAAGAGAACUUGAUGAAGACAAAAGCAGCAGCAGUUGAAUCUGUUGAACUAGAAGAGGAAGUGAUCCCUGCACUGGAACCCACAGAAACACUGCUGAGUGAAAAGGAGAUGCAUGUAAAGAGAGAGAGUCUUCAAGAAGGGCCCUCCCCUGCUGCAGAAGAGAAGGCCUUCCCCCUGUCUGAGGGCAAGUCUAUACUGCUGUUUGGAGGGGCCGCCGCUGUUGCCAUCCUGGCAGUGGCAGUUGGGGUAGCACUUGCUCUGAGAAAGAAAUAGCAGAUCUUUCAGAAGAGAAAGAAGACAAAAAAUAUGUAAAGUCUUAGCUGUACUGACUGAAUUGGAUCCACCAACAACUGAUUGGACAUUUGUGGAACACUCUGGGAUAAUGGGGGACUUCUGCUCAACAAGGCAUAAAUUGAUCCACAUAGUAGGGCUUGAGGUAGAGGGCAUUCAUGUUUGUCUGUUAAGUUCCAAGGACCGUGGCUCAUGCUCAAUUCAGAAUCUCUUGAGUAAAGUACUCCCUCUAGAACAGGGUUUCUCAACCUUGCCAUCAAUGACAUCAUGAUUAAUCCUAUGUUGUAGGGGGCUGUCCUGUGCACUGUAGGAUGUUUAGCAACACCUGUGGCCUCUACCCACUAAAUACCAGUAGCACCAUUCCCCCAGUUAUGACAACCAAAAAUGUCUCCCAACAUUGCCAAAUGUCCCCUGGGGGCAAAAUUGUUCCCAUUGAGAGCCACAGCUUUAGAGGGAGAGAGUUAAUUUAAGAGAAUCUGCGAUAGAAAUUCCUAGGCCAACAGGGCUUAGCUGUGGGCUCCUCAGCUAGUGAUUUGUUCCUGACCUUGGAAAUUCAUCUUUCCUGACCAACAUGCUGUUUUGCAGCCAUUCCUUUGUGGAUCUUCUUUUUUCCCCCACCUUCUUAGUCCUGUAGCGUGAGGGUGCUCUCCCCUUAUGUCUCUGCUGCCUCUCAGGUACUGCACCGUUCCUCUUCACCCCCACGUUCUUUGUUAAGAUCCCACGGGAGAGCACUUGCUCUGUGCCCACUAAGUCCCUGAUGCUUCCUACGGCUCCACCUUGUAAAGAUGUUACCUUUAGUAAUCUUUAAAAAAAAUAAAUAUAACAGAGACCUAGGGCUCCCUGCCUGUGAAUGCAAAGGCAAGUAACUGGCUAAAGAGGGACAUUUGUCUCAUUUAGAAGCAGAAGGAUGACUUAGAUGGCCUGUCAAAGUCUCUUCUGGCCCUUUUGUGUAUGGCCACCCUAUGGAGCUUAUGGUUACUUGGUAGCAGCAUCUCUGUUGCUGGAUGGUCACUGUCUAGAACCUGCAUUAGUGUGUUUUCCCUUUAUCUGGCCUAGUCUUCUUACUGGUCAGCCAGCUUCUCUGUGGUCUUUUGCCAUGUGAUAAGGAUGUUAAUACUUGGGCUUACAGACCAACUGAAUCAUAACUCUUAUUAAAUACAGAAGGUCUCCUAAAUACCAUUGAAAUAAAAAGUAGUAAAAGAGAAGCUUGACUUUCUUGAGGCUACCCUCGAGAUUUUAGUUUGGCUUUCAGAGUUCAAGAAUUAGACUUCUUCCCUGAACUCUUUACAGUCCAAAUGCCAGAGUGGUAAACAAAAUGAUUCUAAUCAGUAUGUCCUAGUUGAGAAUCAGUGUAAUUUUCUUUCAUCUGGCUGAUCCCAUCCCUAAAGCAGGGGGGGUGGAACCAUGUCUUUUCAUGCCUGAGGAUCACAGUGUCACUAUGCAGGACACACAUGCUUGAUACAGGUCAUCUCAGAUUUAUCUUAGUAAAUGUAACAAAUUACUUUUUAGAUCCUGAAAUUUGUAAUAAAAUUACUUUACUAUCCUGAUCACCAAAA